AUGGGGUACAUGAUCGUUUUGUUUGCAAUAGCUUUUCAAUUUUUGCCAAUCGUCUCCAUUAAUGAAACUUGUUGGCCAACUGCAAAUAAUUUAACGUGCGUUCUAAACGAUCUACUCUUGGGAUAUAAUAAAUAUCAACGGCCUAAUUAUACUGGAGAUCCAAUUCGCGUAGAAGUUUACUUAAUGAUUAUUAGUCUUGGACCAAUUUUUGAAUUGGAUAUGUCAUUCACAAUGAAUCUGUUUUUUCGACAAGUAUGGACUGAUCAACGAUUGACAUUACCCAAUCAAGUAUCCAACGUCGCUGUUUCAACAAAAUUACUCAGUGCAAUAUGGAAGCCUGAUACCUAUUUUAUUAAUUCGCAUUCCGCUUACCUUCAUACAACGCCAACAUUCAAUCAUCUUUUACGCAUAUUGGAAAAUGGUCGAUUGCUUUACUCCAGUCGUUUAACAAUCAAGGCUUCUUGUUCGAACUUUUUAAAACGAUUUCCUCUUGACGUUCAACUAUGUCCACUGGCAUUAUCUAGCUAUGCUUAUGGAACGAAAGAUAUCAUUUACGAUUGGAAACUAAAUGCAAACAAUGGUGUAGAAUUUGAACGAUUAAAAUUAUCCCAAUUUGAUCUAUUCGAUCAUAAAAUCUCUCGACGAGAAGUUCAAUUGAAUGACCGAAAUCAUUCUGUCCUUCAACUCGAUCUUUUCAUGCGCCGAAAAGCUGGGUAUUAUAUUNUUCCAGCUGUACCGUACUUCACUGCGAUCGAUUACUUUUUUGUCAUGUGUUAUUUGUUUCUGUUUGCUUCAUUAAUUCAAUUCACUGCUGUCCAUCGUUAUCUUGGCUAUCGUCAAUCAAUGAAACCUGCGGAGAGUCUAAACGACCAACGAAAAUCUCUUGUGUUAGAGGAAGCUAUGGAGACCAAUGUCAGUUUCCUAAGAAAUGAAGAAAGCCAUUCAACAUAUUUGCCGCGUCGAUCGACAUUCAGUGUUAUUCAUAAACUCGAUGUAUUACGACCUUUCCAUUUUUGUAGUAUGUAUUUGAAUGAAUUAAAACAAACACAUGAAAAAAUUCAUGGUGCGUUGAUCCAACUACUGAAUAGCCUUAAACCAAAUCAAUUCCCAAAGAUGAAUUUUGUUAAACUGAGAUACUACUCCAUAUUACUUUUGGCUAUUCUUGGUAGUCGAUCACAAUUGACAACAGUGGAAAUCCAAUGCAUAUAUGUCAUCGGGAAUCACAUCGGAUUUGUCACCCUAAGUGAUCCCUCCGUACCCCAUAAAAAACCACAACGACCAGCACUACGAGCACCUCUACUAGCAGCACGAGCAGUACAAGUUCUUCCAGCAGCAUCACGAGCACCACGACUACCACAACCACAAGUAGCAGCAACUCCACCACCACGACGACCACUGCAACCACCACGACAACUAGUAGCAACACCUCCACGAGCACAAGUACAACGGCAACUACCACGACCACCAGUAGCAGCAACUCCACCACCACGACGACCACUACGACUACCACGACAACUAGUAGCAGCACCUCCACGAGCACAAGUACCACUGCAACUACCACGACCACCAGUAGCAGCACCUCCACGAGCACAAGUACAACGGCAACUACCACGACCACCAGUAGCAGCAACUCCACCACCACGACUACCACUGCAACUACCACGACCACCAGUAGCAGCACCUCCACGACCACCAGUACAACGGCAACUACCACGACCACCAGUAGCAGCAACUCCACCACCACGACGACCACUGCAACCACCACGACAACUAGUAGCAGCACCUCCACGACCACCAGUAGCAGCAACUCCACCACCACGACUACCACUGCAACUACCACGACCACCAGUAGCAGCACCUCCACGAGCACCAGUACAACGGCAACUACCACGACCACCAGUAGCAGCAACUCCACCACCACGACUAUCACUGCAACUACCACGACCACCAGUAGCAGCAACUCCACGACCACGACUACCACUGCGACUACUACGACAACUAGUAGCAACACCUCCACGAGCACAAGUACAACGGCAACUACCACGACCACCAGUAGCAGCAACUCCACGACCACCAGUAGCAGCAACUCCACCACCACGACUACCACUGCAACUACGACGACCGCCAGUAGCAGCACCUCCACGAGCACCAGUACAACGGGAACUACCACGACCGCCAGUAGCAGCAACUCCACGACCACGACUACCACUGCGACUACUACGACCACGAGUGGCAGCACCACCACUGGAACUACCACGACCAGUAGUGUCAGUUCUUCGACCGGCACGAUUGCUACAACCACUAUCGCGACAACAGGAACAAGUUAUAUUAUAA